CAAAACAACUUCCGGUUUGGCGGCUAGGAGAAAAUAAACAAACGAGUGGAUGCUGAAGAAGAAGAAGAAGAAGAAGAGGAAGAGGAGUCACUAACACAGACCUGCUGCUCGGAGCCGCGGCUCCUUCGUUCGCCGUCAUGACAACUAAGAGGCUGGACAACUUUGAGGUGACGUGCGAAUGGGCUUCCUGCAACUUCAGGGGCUGCACCAUGGAGGAGCUGAGUGACCACAUGUCGUUGCACUUGAAGGAUUUCCUGGGAGACAGUGACGCCCUGGAGGAGCUGGAUGAGUACGCUUGUCUCUGGAAAGGAUGUGAAUUUCUAUCGAUGGGUAGUCCAACGGAGCUGGAGGUCCACGCUUACUUUCACAACUACCACGGAAAGCUCAAGUUCGUGGGCUCCCAGCUGCUCCAGUCCCGUCCCGACCUGCCCAGCUGCAACCAGGGUUUACACAGCAACAACCUGGUUCCUGAAGGAUCGGAUGGAUACGUCUGCCAGUGGGAGAACUGCGAUAGUUCAUUCAACAACCCUGAGUGGUUCUACCGACAUGUGGACAAUCACAUCCAAAGUGCCGAGUUACAGUCGUUCUCACAACAACAACAGGCUCUGUUCUGCCACUGGGCAGGCUGCGACGCUUUCUUCAAGAUCCGGUACCGAAUGCGAGAACACAUGCGGAGCCACACCCAGGAGAGACUUGUCGCCUGUCCUACGUGCGGCAGCAUGUUCUCCAGCAACACAAAGCUGUUUGACCACCUCCACAGGCAGGCCGAGCCAAUGGAGUCGCUUGUUUGUGAACAUUGUGGCAAAGCUUUCUCCAGUGAGAGACUUUUGAGGGAUCACGUUCGUCAGCAUGUGAAUCAGGUCAAGUGUCCCUUCUGUGACAUGACCUGCACCACUUUGGCAGCUCUGAAGAUCCACAUCCGCUUCCGUCACUGUGACGAGCGGCCGUUCCCGUGUGACUUCUGCGACAAAAGAUUCAAGAACCAACAAGAUCUCCAGAAGCACACCGAGGUUCACAAUGAGGGGACGGUGUAUCGCUGCACUGUCGAGGGUUGUGAUUAUUCCUGUCACACGUUUCAAACCAUGACUCACCACUUGAAGAGAGCGCACGAGGUCGGGGGGAUGUCCAAGUACAAGUGUCAUAUUUGUGAUAAGGUCUUCUCGUGGUGUUACACUCUCACACUUCACCUCCGUAAGAAGCACGAGCUGAAAUGGCCGUCUGGACAUUCACGCUUUAGAUACAGGAAGGAUGUAGACGGCUUCUUAAAAGUAAACAUGGUGCGAUUUGAGACUGUAGAGGUGACGAAGGAGAUUAUGAAGAACAUGGCCAAAAAACCUCAGAGCCUCCGGAAAAAUCUUCGGACGAGGAGUCGGACCAAGAAGGCCGCGGUGAUGCCAGAGAGCGGCCGCAGCUCGCCGGCAGGAUCCUCCUCGCCCUCCUCCAGCUCCUCGUCCUCGUACUCGUCAGAGUUCUCUGGAGGGGAGGACAUUUCGGCUCAGCCCAGCCCCAGAGGCAGCGAGUCUCCCGUCUACUGUGUGAUGAGCACCAUCCCUCACAUCGAGGACGAGCCUGGAGGAUUCUCUCAGGAGGACUGUGAUGGCGAUGGGACGUCUGGAGCCGUCCAGGCCUUGACCGAGGUCGCAAGGGGCCUCGGCAUGGACGUGGUUUGAUCGUCCCACUUUGGAUGGUGUGAAAUCACACCAGGUUUUAAUAAAUUUGGCUGUGAAGCUAUCAGUGGAGACAUCACUGGAAGUGACUGAUGUGUGUGAUGUGACGUUGAGAUGGUUCUUCUCACCACAGGUUUUAGUGGAACACAGUUUCACUGUAGCAGCUCUUAUUAACUCUACUGCCUCACUACGCUUUGUGACGUCUUGUGUGUUAAACAAGACGACAAAGUUUUCAUGAAUGAGUGAACAGCACUGCUAAGCUUCUUCUGUGACAUGUUUACACAACAGGCUCCGUUUUCUGUGACAUUUCCCCUGUUGUUGAACACAGUAUUUCAGAUGAUGGUAUUUUUUUGUAGCCUUUGAAUGUUGCAUAAUUUUAUUGAUAUAAAUUUUAAAUACAUUUUUGACACAAACGCAACAUU